CACCAACCUCACGACUCACGAAGCCGUAAUGAUUCGCCACGGUCGGCGGUAAGUAGCGUCACACUCUCAUUGCUCAGACGCUGGGAUGCUGCAUGAAGCGGAAUCAUUUGCACAGUGGACACUGCCUUUGACCUGCGACGGGUCUCCUCGUUUUUUUUUUUUUUGCCUGCUACGUGCGAACGAGGGGUUGAGACGCGAGCUGCCCGACGCAUCCAGCGUCUUUAUUCCGGACGCUGCUUGCGCAACGUCUAGCAGCGGCGAGCACUUGGUGGAAUCUGCUCUAGAACGUCAGUGGCGGAACAAAAGCCGCCCAAGCAACGAAAGUACCACGAACUCGGUGUCAGCAAUAGGGCCUCCAGAAGACAAGACUGAUUCGCAGCCGCCAUGGACGCCCCUGACGCGGAGCUCGAUGUCAAGCUCCAAAAGAUGUCGGGUGACCUCCUCGCCGACCUCGACCGCGCCAUCGCCUCACUACCGCGCAAGUCAGACGGCCGCGGAGGUGUGCGGGUGCGCUCCCAUGUGCGAACGCGCGAGACUCUGAGCGCCGUCACCUCGAUUCUUGACAUGUUCCAGGAGCUGCCUCAGCUGCUCGACCCCCAUCUGCCCAAAUGGAUCCCCUUCCUCGCCGAUGCGUACCUAGAGUCCAUCCAGGCGGCUCGCAACCAAGGGCCUCGCCGGGGCGACAAGUCGCAAUUUCUUGCGCCGCUCGACUUCGCAAUCUGCCGUAUCUUGUACACUUUUUGCAAGGUGCGCGGCGAGAAGGUCAUCGUGCGGUUCCUCAAUGCCGAGACCAGAUACCUUGAGGAUCUGCUGUCUGCCAUCGAGGAUGCGGAGGAGCAUGCGGCCACAGCGCGAGACGGCGGCGAUGCUGUCGACACCAGGAAAGAGUGGCAGUGGGAGCAGAGAUACAUCGUGCUGCUGUGGCUGUCACAUCAACUGCUGGCGCCAUUCGACCUUGCCACAAUUUCCUCCAUGGACGUCGAGGAUGCGGCGCUCCCUGAGAUUCCGGGAUUCAAGUGGCCAGAGGCGCUCCCGGGCAUCACUAUGCGGGUCAUCCCGCUAGCCAUCAAGUACCUUGCCAAUCCGGGGAAGGAGAAGGAUGCAGCCAAAGCGUUGCUUGUGCGCGUCGCGAUGCGCCGGGACAUGCAGCAGCUAGGCGUCUUGGAUAGCUUGGUUCACUGGGCUUUGACCUCGCUUCGCUCGCCGAAGCAUGGGUCUUUGGAGAGCAUGCAUCUCUAUCUUGGCGUACUCUCCUUUCUCGCUGGCUUGUUGCGCGCCUCUGCGGAAACAUCAGACCUUGACAGGUCGCUCCCCUCCAUAUUCGACACUGUUUACGGCAUCACGACUGGAGAUUCGGAGCUCUCGAAGAUGCUCCUACCGUUGGCAGUUGUUCGAAAGAUGAUCCUCAAGGUCAUACGGUCUGUCAUAGUAUCUCUCCUGCGGAAAACACCGCAGGACGCGACCAGUACCGAACUGACCGAGACGACCAUCGGCUACUUACUGGAGAACCUGUCAGACAGCGAUACGCCGGUGAGAUUGGCUGCCAGUAAGGCGCUCAGUGUUAUUACCUUGAAGCUAGAUCCAGAAAUGGCGUCGCAGGUCGUCGAGGCUGUCCUUGAAUCUUUGAAUAAGAACGUCCUCUGGACCAAACCUGUCGGCGGCUCGGGGGUCAAACCAAGUCGAGAUCUGUCGGCCGUGAACAGCCUCGAGUGGCACGGCUUGAUGCUCACGCUAUCGCACCUCCUAUACAGGCGGUCGCCUCCUGCUACACAGCUCUCAGAUAUCAUCCAUGCGCUGCUGCUCGGCUUGUCGUUCGAGCAACGCAGCACGUCUGGUGGCAGUGUCGGGGCUAACGUCAGGGAUGCCGCUUGUUUUGGAGUCUGGGCCAUCGCCCGCCGCUACUCGACCCAAGAGCUCCUCGCUGUCACCACGAAGUCGGUCUUUGCCGCCAAGGCACAUCCUCCCGAGGACUCUGUCCUACAGGUGCUCGGGACGGAGCUCGUCACGACGGCGGCGCUAGACCCGGCCGGGAACAUUCGCCGGGGUGCCUCGGCGGCCUUGCAAGAGCUCAUCGGCCGACAUCCGGACACAGUGGACCAGGGAAUCGCCGUGGUUCAAACCGUUGACUACCAUGCGGUUGCGCGGAGGUCUCGAGCUAUCGAGGAGGUCGCAACCAACGCCACUAAGCUAUCGCCCAAGUACGGAGAGGCCCUAACAGACGGGAUCCUGGGUUGGCGGGGCAUUGGAGACAUAGACGCGCCUUCACGGCGAGUUGCAGGUUCCGCAUUUGGUGUUCUCACCGCUGAACUGGCACGAUCGAGCCCAGAAGCUGGACUAUCUCGAUUCCACGAUUCCGUGCGGCUCGUGUCGCGGAGGAUCGAAACGCUAGUGAAGAGACAGGUUGAGGAGCGGCAUGGCCUCUUACUCUGCUUAGCCUCAGUUAUCGAUCAGAUCCCCGCUGCUGUCAGCAUCGCCAGAGAUCAGGGACUAGAGGGCGCCUCGCUCAGCUCGGCGCUGUCCCAAGAGAUCUUGUCAAACGUUUCCAAGAUCCUGGAAGACUGUGCUGCGGUCAAAUACCGCAAGCCUGAACUGAUCGCUGAAGCUGCGAGCCAGGUCGUUGUAGCCGCGGUGCCUGCCCUCCAGGCUACUCUGCUGCCUGGCAUACGGGACUUUAUCUUGCAGAAGGGGCGCGACACCCUCUCGGCACGCCAAGGGGGCUAUCUGAAGCUCGUCACCGCGUUGGACGAAGGCCGCCCUGCAAACACGGUUACCGACGCCCUCAUAUCCAAAUUGCGUGCAAUUAUCCCCGCGUGGUUGAGCAGACGUGAACCAGAGGCUAUUGAACCAGCUUCGACAGCUGCGUUAGUUCUGCUCAUAUUCUCUUCCCCGAAAGAUCGCAUCAAUUUGUUGAGCGACUGGGCUACCAUUGUCAGGAGUAAGCCAACAAGUCGGACAGUGGCAACUGGCAUUGGCUAUCUCCAGGCCCUUGCGCUGGCGCAACCAUUAGCAGCCCUGGAUAAUCCUGACGGGGCGGAGAUGACCGACGACGUGGCCUGCGAAGCACUCCGCGAGCGGUGGAGAUCAGACACGGACGUUGACACCAGAAGCGCUAUCCUGCAGAGCCUGAUACUAAGCAACAUUCUCAAGUCAAAGCCUCUGACGUUUUUGGGACACCUGAAAGAUGGGCUGGACGACUACACCACGAAUGCACGGGGCGACGUAGGCUCCCAUGUGAGAGUUCAGGCCCUGAGGGCGGUGCGAGCUCUUUGGCAAGACCUCGGCGACGAGCGCGUCGGCCGACAGGGCUGGGUUCAAGAUUCCAUCAAUGCGCUCCUCCACAGCACAUUGCGCCUCGCGGCCGAGAAACUGGACCGUGUCCGGCCUGUGGCCAGAUCAGCAAUUGCUUUGACACUGAAACGAGAACACGCCAAGCGAUUCGAAGCCCUCGGCUUCUCGUCCAAAGGCUAUUUCGAAGAGCUGCUAAACCUCAUCGCGCCUGACUGCAUGCACCCCUGGCUCGGUCACCCGGCCUGGGCAGACGCCGGUGUUUGGAUGGACGAGCUCCUUGCCGGCUACGUGACGUCGGCAGAUACAGGCAACGACGACCUAGUCAUCGCCAGCCGCGCCGCGCUGACGGCGUUUUGUGAGGGGCCAUCGAACGCCAGGCUCAGCCUUGUGUGCACCGCGCUCAUGCAUAACCUGCGCGAGCGGCAGGGCGAGGAUCGUGUCAUCGUGCCGACACUCGAGAUCAUUGCGUUUCUCUUCAGCUGCGGCCUCUUCCAGCGGUGCCGGCACGUGGACCUCCGCGCCCUAUGCCUGCAGACCCAAAAGGCCGGCUACAAAUCCGGAAACGUCCGGAAGAUCGUGGCCUGCGUCAAGGUCUACGGAGGUGUGGCAUCCAUGAGCGUCAGCGACGCUGGUGAAGGUGGUGCUAGUAGUGGUGGCAACGGCUCUGCCGUGCAGGAGGCGCGCAGGCGACUCGGGGCGCUGCUGUCCCAUCCCUGGCCGCGGGUGCGCAGCGUCGUGGUCGACGAGCUGUGGGCCCUGACGGGAGGCAUCAACGUCCCGGAGGAGGCGGACGGGCCUGCCGUGAGCUCUCCGUUGACCGGUGUGGACUGGGCAAAGGCAGACAAGGCACUGAUCCGAGCCGUCGUCCAGGAGCUGCGUUUGGCAUGAGCGCCGCUGCUACUAACUAACUAACUAGUACGCAAGAGAUGGACGGGGGCGCGCAGGCAAACAAACCUUGAACAGCGCGCUCGUUGAGAGCCCGCCUCUAAUACAAAGCGUAAUAACAAACAGCAAUGCGAUCAAUGCGCCUGAUGAAAGCGUUGGGGGGGAAUCAAAACACCUUCGCAUGAAGAAGGGAAAUGCACGCACGCACGCACACACGUCGAACGGGCAUCGAUCGGUUGCCUUGGAACCCGACCGAGUGGCCCGUUUAUCAUUUACAAGCGCUGCUGGUCUGUUCGUCAUGCACCAUCGGUUCGGACGAGAUCGCCCGGACGAUGCAUGGAUCACACUCGAU